AUGAGUUGGGAAGAAUUAGAUCACAAAAAGAUUGACCACGCUGGUAAUGCUCGGUCUGUUCCUGCUUGGUUCUGUAAGAUGGAAACUUUCAUGCGCAGGAUCUAUGUACUUUGUUACCGUAUGGUUGAGACUAUUGGGAUAAGAAAGAAUUUAAGGACUAACUGGCGUAUGAUGACUGCAAAAUCCUAG